GGGGCAGUGGUUUUGUGUGCUGUGCUGUGUGUGCUCCUGCAGGAAGCUGAGCAGAGAGGUUGGGCAGUCUGGAAAACCACAACAUGGAUGCAGUGACCUAUAAUGAUGUACAUGUCAACUUCACUCAGGAAGAGUGGGCUUUGCUGGAUCCUUCUCAGAAGAAUCUCUACAAAGAUGUGAUGGUGGAAACUUACAGAAACCUCACUGUUAUAGGCUACACAUGGGAAGAUAAUAUUGAAGAGCACUGUCAAAGUUUUCGAAGACAUGGAAGGUAA